AUGGCGUAUUCUCGCAAAACAACGAAAGUAAUAGUCGUCGGUGGAGGCGGCACAAUAGGCUCAUCAACAGCCCUUCACCUCCUGCGCUCAGGGUACACGCCAUCAAACAUCACCGUGCUUGAUGUAUAUCCGAUUCCGUCCCCCCAAUCUGCCGGAUAUGAUCUCAACAAGAUCAUGAGUAUACGACUGCGCAACGCGGCCGAUCUACAGCUUUCAUUGGAAGCGCUUGAUAUGUGGAAGAAUGAUCCGUUUUUCAAGCCGUUCUUUCAUCAGGUCGGGAUGAUUGACUGCUCCUCUUCAGAAGAAGGUAUUAAGGGUCUUGAACGCAAGUAUCAAACUCUCGUUGAUGCGGGGAUCGGACUUGAAAAGACAAAUACCUGGUUAGAUCAUGGGGAGGAGAUUCGGGCAAAAGUUCGCCCCUUCACAGAAGAACAAACUAAGGGAUGGAAAGGCUUAUACUGCAGCGACGGAGGCUGGCUUGCGGCUGCCAAGGCCAUCCAUGCGAUAGGACACUUCUUGAAAAGCCAAGGCGUCAAUUUUGGCUUUGGGGGGGCUGGAACGUUCAAGCGACCCCUAUUCGCGACCGAUGGAACAACAUGCAUCGGUAUAGAGACGGUAGACGGAAAAAUUUACCACGCCGAUAAGGUAAUUCUAGCUGCCGGUGCAUGGAGUCCAACACUAGUUGAUUUGGAGGACCAAUGUGUUUCCAAAGCCUGGGUCUAUGCACAUAUCCAACUUACACCUGAGGAGGUAUCCGAGUACAAGAGUAUCCCUGUUGUAUACGAUGGAGAAUAUGGCUUCUUUUUCGAGCCUAAUGAGUACGGGGUGAUCAAAGUUUGCGAUGAGUUUCCCGGGUUUUCUCGCUUCAAGCAGCAUCAGCCAUAUGGAGCUUCCUCUCCAAAACUCAUCUCUGUGCCUCGAUCACACGCCAAGCACCCAACCGAUACAUACCCCGAUGCAUCAGAGAUCACAAUCCGGAAAGCGAUAGAGAGGUUUAUGCCGCAGUUUACGCACAAAGAACUCUUUAAUCGAGCUAUGUGCUGGUGUACCGAUACUGCGGAUGCUAAUUUGUUGAUCUGUGAGCAUCCACGGUGGAAGAACUUCAUCUUGGCAACUGGGGAUAGCGGACAUAGCUUCAAGCUUCUGCCGAAUAUUGGCAAGCACGUUGUUGAGCUGGUGGAAAGCUCUUUAUCGGAGGAGCUGGCUUAUGAGUGGCGAUGGAGACCUGGGGGCGAUGCACUGAAGUCGAGGCGGAGUGCACCGGCGAAAGAUCUUGCUGAUAUGCCGGGGUGGAAUCAUGAUGCGAAGUUAUGA